UGUUGUCGGAUGGUCAGCAUGAGACCCCUCUCUGCGCGGAUCAGGCGAGCAUGGGAAUAUUUGGAGGAAACGACAAUUUGACGGGAAACUCAGAGAAAAGAAACAUGUGGAAGACCCUGACCCUCUCACUGGUAGUGGCACUGGCAUUGGGCACAGAGGUGUCCCAGUGUGAGGAUGUGGGCUCCAUGGCGACUGUGGAGAAGGCGAUGGACGAGCGGCAGGAGAACUUCAGCGAAAUAGUCAACGUACCAACAAAGUCCGAACACCAGAUCCUGGCUGCUCAGUUCGAGUGCUACAUGAAGAUCAUCCACGACCCGCCGUGCACAGAUGAAGGUCAUUUCUGCAACCGCACGUGGGACGGCUGGCUGUGCUGGGGGGACACAGCUCCAGGGACCGUCAUGCAGAUGUGCCCGGAAUACUUCUCAGAUUUUGACCCUGCCGAGAAGGUGACCAAGGUGUGUAAUCCUGGGGGUCAGUGGUUCCACCACCCAGAGAGCAACAGAGUCUGGACUAACUACACCCAGUGUCAGGCCUACACCAAAGACAAACUCAAGUUCGCCAUCAGUCUCUACUACCUGGCCAUGGUGGGUCACGUCAUGUCCAUCGUCUCCCUGGUCAUCUGCCUGAUGAUCUUCUCCUUCAAGAGUCUCAGCUGCCAGAGAAUCUCCCUCCACAAGAACAUGUUUCUCUCCUUCAUCUUGAACUCCAUCAUCACAAUAAUGUGGCUCUCGCUCACUGUGGCCAACAACCAAGCCAUAAACACCAGCAACCCUGUGAGCUGUAAGGUCCUGGCGGUGCUGACUCAGUACACGGCCACCUCCAACUACUUCUGGAUGCUGUGUGAGGGCAUCUACCUCCACACGCUCAUCAUCGUGGCCGUCUUUGUCGGGGAACAGCAGCUCUUCUGGUACUACAUCGUGGGAUGGGGUUUUCCCAUUAUUCCUGCCAUCACGUAUGCCGUGGCUCGCGGGCUCUACUUCAACGACAAGUGCUGGAUCAGCUCUGACUCGCAUCUGCUCUAUAUCAUUCAUGGGCCCAUUCAAGCUGCACUAUUUGUGAACUUUUUAUUCCUCCUGAACAUCGUUCGGGUUCUCAUCACCAAGUUGAAGGAGACCCACUGCGCUGAGUCCACGGCCUACAUGAAGGCGGUGAGAGCCACCCUCAUCCUCAUCCCUCUGCUGGGAGUCCAGUUCAUCCUUUUCCCCUGGAGGCCGGAGGGACGCAUCAGCCGGGCCAUCUAUGAUUUCUUCAUAAACAUCUUCUCCCACUUCCAGGGAUUCCUGGUGGCAAUUAUAUUCUGUUUCUGCAAUGCUGAGGCUCAGACAGCGCUGAAGAGGAAGUGGUCUCAGUGGAAGUCUGCCUGGGGUAAAACCGGUUGGGAUGAAACACCCAUCACCAGCUACCACCACAACUCCUCCAUUACCGAAACCAGCCGAGUCACAAUCUGCUCGGAGGAUUCUGCUGCCGCCGUGCCUUCUGAACCGAAUGAAGGCAGCCACUUCCUGCCCCAGGAGCAGCAGAGAACCAACGGGCAGCAGAAGACGGACAGCAACGGCGAGGCGGACGCGCCCAACAAGAUGGAGAUCACCGACAUUUGACCGGAGGGGAAACACACAGAGGCGGUGGUGCCAAAACAACACACAAACACACACAAACCCACACACACACACACACACACACAUAAACACAUGCUUGCUUAUUUGUGCGCACAGAAAGACAGAAAACUAAAAAAGAAAGGCCAGGUGAAUUUUCAAAAUAAAGGUUAUAGCAACAGCUCCAGUUUGUGGACUUGUAUAUACUAAUGAUAAAAAGAUAAACUUAUAUUAUGGUGUCAUCCUGUAAUCUAGUAUAUUAAUGGCUUUUGCAUACGUGUGUUCUGUCGCUGGAAUAAAUUCCACUUCUAUAUUUAAAUUAUUGUUUUUUCCAUUUUACUCUAUGAAGUGCGGAGCUGUUUGUGUAAUCCGUUAUCUCGGAAGGCUUUACCCGUGCACCCCUGUGACCGAUGAAUGUCAUAGCCCAGUGAUGUUUUCGAUAUGUUCUCUUACAUGAUUUUUGUUGUAAAAAGGUUGUGUAGUCAUCGCUGACCUUAAAAAACAAAAAGCCAGCAGCCCCCUUUUAACCUGCCUUUCAGACAGUUUAAAAAUAACACAUUACAAUGAGAGGCGACUCAAACAUGACAUGUUAAUCUCCCAACAACAAGUAACAGAAAGAGGAUUUAAUUUCAGUCCGAGAAAGUGUACGAUUGAUAUAGGAUACUUCAUUUUGUAGAGCAUAUCGUACUUAUAAGACCAGAAUCUGACUUUUUGACUUAUAAACAUGUAUUAUGCUCUCCAGAAAUGUAUUAUUUCUGCUAAAACAGGAUGUAACAUAUACACAAACAAAAAACUGAGAUAAAACCCAAACUGUAGUUGUCUAGAAGUUGUCGAAACAGAAAGACAGCCAUCAUAACCGCUUAAGCAAGAGCAUUACAUCAAGUUCAAACUAGCUGGUGAUUAGACAUAGCUGACGUUAGCUAAGGCUAAAACUAAAUCUAUUUAGAUAGACAUUUAAAAGCUGAUAUCUGGAUCUGGUUAUUCAGUUUGUUAUUUCACAUAACUAAAUGACACGGUUGUAAAAAUCCAAUUAGGAUUGGGAAGAAAAAGAAAUUAAUGCUAAUGGUAACCUAGCAAAGAUUGUGCUAAUGGUUUCCUCCUUGGUUUAGCAGCAUAGCAUUAGCUAUCGUCUCAGCUCUGAACCUUUAUGGAACUCAUUUAAUUCGUGGAGAAGUUCAGUCACUUUUAAAUUAUCGUAUUACGUUUAAAUGUUUAACUGUAAAUUAACGAAUGAUCUCGGUUUCAACUUUCACCACUUUUUUUUAACGUCAAUAUUUCAGCUAUUUGCCAGGUCGUUAUGUUAAAAACAGAAGUCAUGUUUGCAUUUUGGUCAGUAAAACUAACUCUUGACAUGUGAUUGGUUGGAAGAAACAGCUUCUCAAGUCGAUGGUCACCCUACGUAGCCUACAGUGACACAAAUCUUCAGGUUGCCAAAAUGAUGUACAUUUUUAAAGAGCUUCUGAAUUUGAGCUCAAAGUUAGUGGCAAUUAUGAAUUAUUGCCACUAUCUAUGAUAUCUCAGCAUGGUAUAAGAUCUUGGCUACAUGACAGCUAAAAGACUUAUGUAAAAGCAGUGGGAGGCUAAUUUUGAGGCUCAUCCUGGAACUAAAUGAUGUGCCGAAUAUUAUGGGUUACAACUAUCCUAAUUCAGACUGGUAGCAGAGCUUUUAGUGCAGGAUAAUUACUGGUGCAGAGAUAAUGGAGCUGUGGAGUGCUGCAAUAAUCUCACUAUAGUACUGAAUAUCAGUCAUUCUCCUUGUUUACUCCAUUGGAGACACAGGUUUUGGGGAUAUUUUGGUAAAAGUGAGUGCACAUGCAACAGAAGUACAGACACUGUGGCCUGUGAAAUAAUGUAUAUAGGGAGCGUGCGCACAUGUGCUUUUCACGAGUAAUCCAACUUUGUUAUAAUUGGUGGGGAAAUAAAUGUUACUUAAUUAAUAUCUCACAAUCUUCGCUUUCUAUUAUGACAUAUAUUGUAGUACGAUGGGAAAUCUUAAUGUGAUAAAAAGAUUUUAUACACUGAACAUUUAGGAGGAAAACAAAGACGAGACAGUUCAUGUUUAGGAUUCCAUUUUUAAAUGUUUCUCUCUAAAAUGUAGCCUUUGCAGAUAGAACAACACUGUGCCAAAUGUUUUAUAUAAAUUGUUAGGAAUGAAUGUUUUUCCUUUUUUUAUAAAACCCCCCUUCAGUCUGCACAGUAAGAAGACAAUUUCAAAGGUUUAUUUAAUUUUACUUUUUUAUUUUUAGUGUUCCUAUUGCUUUGUAAUGAUCUCUGUUCUUGUUGUGGCUGUCAAAACAGUCGGUUUCACUAUUUGUCAUGGAUUGUAUUGUUACAAUGUGCUUUAUUUGCAAAUACAAUUCCCUGCCACUUCACAUUUAAUUAAAUAGUUUUUCUAAUAGCUAAUGAUUGAAAGUGAUACAGCAGGCUUUACUGAUGCACUGGGAAUAAAACAUAAUUGAAGGAUGUCGGAUCUCUGUACAGGGACGCCAACCUACUCGUUUGCCAAUGCUGCCCAGUCGAGAAAAAACGCCUAUCUUGAACAUAUUUGUAAAGAAAUUUGAAAAACAUUCCAAUAAAACAGAAAAAAAGAAAAGUUCAAUUCAAGCAUAUUGUAUACAUUUUUAACACUGCCAUUCAUGUGUGGAAAUAAAGUUGUUUGGACAUAAAUGUGUGAUAUUCAGUGAGA